GAGAGAGUGUGUCCCCUCUCCCGAGCCAGAAAGGCUUAAAUUAAUGGAAAAUCCAUGGCGAUAACCCUAAAUCCAAUUCAAGGUCACAUUCGACAACCGAAAAUGGCGUUCCCCUUCAGACUUAAAACUCUCUCUCACUUUUCUUCUAUUCCGAAAUCCCUAUUCCUCAGAAGCUUCUCAUUCUCCAUUUCUCGUACCCCUUAUCCCCUUCAAUACGAUCUCAUAUCUUAUAAACCAGUUAAUCCUUCAUCUGGGCGUAGCAAAACCCAAAAACCAAAAUCCUUUGAAAACUUUCCAGAAAAGGAAACUGGUCCAAGCUUAGGAGAACCCCAUCACUUGUACCUUGCAAGCAAAAGCAAGAGAAAAUAUUACAAGAAAAGGAGAAAAAGGAUGUAUGGCUCUGAAACUGAUGACGAAGGAUCAAGGGAUGAUGAGUAUGUCGAAUUGAAACCAGAGGUUGUGGAAAUGCCCACUUAUCAUGCUAGAGAAGAGGAAUUGUACUUUCAUGAUGCAUUUGCUUUUCCAUGGGAGAAGGAUAAACAUUAUAGGAUGGUUUAUCAGUUAGAGAAGAAAUUUUUUCCAGGUCAGGGUAUGGACCAGGCAUUUGUUGAUCCAAAUAAGACAUCAACAAAUCAGAACCAAGAGAAGGUGAAGAGAGAGAAUGGGUUGUUGGGCAAGUCCAAGAAUAAGAAGAAAAAUGAGAUUUUUGAAGUGGGUCAUGGAGAUAAGGGGAUUUCAGAUGAUUUAGACAAGAAGUUGGUGUUUUUCGAAGAGAGUGGUGAUUUCAAGAAGGAUUCCAAGAGUGGGGGAAAGGUGGAUGUUACAGAGAAGAAAGUAGAGGAGUUCUUCAAGUGUUUGAAGAAGGUGCCUAAUGCUGGAGAGUCUUUGAUUGGGGAGCCAUAUUUUUUGAGUAGGACCUCAGAGUUGCCUCCUAGAUGGGAUGGCCCUUUUGGCACGGUGGUCUUGAUUGAUAAACCCAAAGGAUGGACUUCAUUUACUGUUUGUGGAAAGUUGAGGCGCCUGGUCAAAGUUCAGAAGGUUGGUCAUGCUGGUACUCUUGAUCCUAUGGCAACUGGUUUACUGAUUGUUUUUAUUGGAAAGGCAACAAAGCAGGUAGAAAGAUAUCAGGACAUGAUAAAGGUUUAUAGUGGUAUUUUCCGAUUGGGGGAAGCUACAUCAACUUGGGAUGCAGAGUCACCGGUCAUCCAACGAGAGCCAUGGGAGCAUAUCAAAGAUGAGGAUAUUAGGAAGGCUGUAGCAUCUUUCAGUGGGGAGAUAUGGCAAGUUCCCCCAAUGUUCUCUGCGAUAAAAGUUGGAGGUGAAAAGCUGUACGAAAAAGCAAGGAGAGGAGAAACAAUGGAACUUUCCCCUAGAAGAAUUUCAAUUUUUGAGUUUGACAUUGAACGUAGCUUGGAUGACAGACAAAAUUUAAUCUUCAAAGUCACCUGCUCAAAAGGGACAUACAUUCGAUCACUAUGUGCAGACCUGGGAAGGGCCUUGGGGAGUUGUGCUCAUUUGAUCGCCCUUCGAAGAGAUCAAAUUGGACAAUAUUCAGCAGAUAAUGCGUGGAAUUUCGACGAACUACAAGACCAGAUAACCAAGAACUACUUGUGACAGACAUUCUACCAAGAUUUAUGCAUUCACCAGUAUCCUUUCUGCAUUCAAUACAUCAAUCUGCAUCUGUUUUGUUAAGGGCGGGUUUGGAUCCACCGAGAGUAUUGUGACUAACAAUAAGCACAACAAAUGCAAACAAGUUAUUUUCAUGAGGCCAAAUGGAGUUUAGGGACUUAUUCGCAGGGGCAUGGCUUCAAAUGGGCAUAGUAAAAUGUUGUAUAAUCAUUCCCUCACUGAUUUAAAUAAAUGUGGCUAGUGGUCAAAACAUACAGUACCCAAUUGUAGGCAUGCAGAAAGAAUUGUUUUAAUUAUACGAAUCAUGAAAUUCUGGCCAA